AUGUUGAGCGUGACCUUCACCUUCUGUUUGGUCAUCCACGCGUAUGCAGCACCGCAGUACUCGGACCCGUUCGCUAGGAACUACAUGUUUCCGCUUAGCGCAGCUGCCUAUUCGGACAACCCACAACGAUGCAUUAGCCACCUUUUUCUUAAUGCCACGGUUCGGCGCUCAGUCACCGUUCAAUGCGACGGUCACCAACGUGACACUUGUUCCGGCUACACAGCUGUUCUUCACAACGAAAACGCUAUAGUGUUAAGUUUCAGGGGCACCAUGAGAUUUACUCAGUUGAUACAGGAAAUCAAAAAAUCGGUUUUCGUAAGCUGGAGCUCAUGGCUUUUUGGUGGAAAAAUUUCGCAAUACUUCCAUGAUGGCUUUCAAAAAAUUUGGCAAGGCGGAAUGAAUAAGGACUUCACUGUCCUCAAAACGAUGUAUCCCGGCUAUGAAAUUUGGGUUACUGGGCAUUCUCUUGGUGGUUCAGUGGCCUCCUUAGUAGCAUCCUAUCUAAUCGGAACCAAUUAUUCUAACGCAAACGAAAUCAAACUGGUCACAUUCGGUCAGCCACGAAUUGGCGAUCUUCAGUUCUCCAUCACUCACAAUUCUCAGUUGAACUACUCAUUCCGUGUUACUCACUGGAGAGACAUUGUACCUCACAUUCCUCUUGAGCAGAUUGGUCGCUAUUACCAUCACAAUCACGAAGCAUUCUACAAAUACAAUAUGACUCCUGAUUCCGUCACUGUUUGUUUAGGUAGCGAGGGUAAGAGGUGCAGUGACAGUUUGUGGUUCGCGGCCAGUAUCGCUGAUCACAGGCACUAUUUCGAAAAAGACGUGUUCGACUACGGAUCAAAUGGUUGCGUGUGA